AAUAUUUCCCGGGAAGAUUGCUCUCGUGAAUUUUCAGACCUAAUCCCCCAAAUGCUGACCCAGAUCACCGUUUCCUUUUGACAAUUCUUACCCAUCUGAAUCUGCAAAGAUCUUCAGGUUUGAUCGGUAUUUGUAGUUGAAUCUAGUGGUUAGAUCUUCUGAAAGCUUUCUCCUUUACGGAUUUCAAUCAGAAAUUACUCAUGUCUAAGGAUCAUCCAGAAGAACCCAGUACCCCAUCACGACGAAUCGACCAAUUGGUUGGUGCAGGAUACAGUCCAUCUCCGUCUAGGACUAUCUAUACAGAUCGUUUCAUUCCUAGUCGAUCCAGCUCAAAGUAUGCUCUUUUCGAUAUCGUUUCGAAUGCCCAUUCAUCGGGAGAUGGACGAGAAGAUGCAUCUAGCGCAUAUAAGGCGUUGUUGAGAACUGCAUUGUUUGGACCAGAUACAGGGAUUGUAGCUCCAGUAACGCCUGAUAAAGGGAAUGGAUUGAAUGGGAGGAACUUCACUAUGAAUCAGCCUAAUCGGAAUAUUUUCAGGUAUAAGUAUGAGACUCGACAGACGAUGAGUACUUUAUCUCCAUUUGGGGCGGAUGAUCAAUUGCCUGGUGUAAUUCAGAACCGGGUUAAAGCUCCUAGGAAGGUUUCCAGAUCACCUUUCAAGGUAUUAGAUGCACCUGCUUUGCAAGAUGAUUUUUACUUAAACCUUGUUGAUUGGUCUUCCAAUAACAUGUUAGCUGUUGGAUUGGGAAAUUGUGUUUAUCUCUGGAAUGCCUGUAGUAGUAAGGUGACCAAAUUAUGUGACUUGGGUAUGGACGACAGUGUCUGUUCUGUUGUUUGGGCUCAUAGAGGAACACAUCUUGCUGUCGGAACCAAUAGCGGGAAACUACAGAUUUGGGAUGCUUCCCGUUGUAAGAGGGUGAGAACUAUGGAUGGUCACAGAUUACGUGUUGGGGCCUUAGCUUGGAGUUCCUCUAUAUUGUCUUCAGGCAGCAGGGACAAGAGUAUUCUUCAACGAGAUAUAAGAGCUCACGAUCACUUUUCUAGCAAGUUAACUGGACACAAGUCUGAGGUUUGUGGUCUAAAGUGGUCUUAUGAUAACCGUGAGUUGGCUUCAGGAGGAAAUGAUAAUCGGCUGUUUGUUUGGAAUCAACAUUCAAAUCAACCUGUGUUGAAAUACUGCGAGCAUACUGCUGCAGUGAAAGCAAUUGCAUGGUCUCCUCAUCUAUACGGCCUUCUAGCUUCGGGUGGAGGUACUGCUGACAGAUGUAUCCGCUUUUGGAACACAACUACCAACACUCAUCUUAGCUGUAUGGACACCGGCAGCCAGGUCUGCAAUCUGGUGUGGUCGAAGAAUGUGAAUGAGCUUGUCAGUACUCAUGGAUACUCCCAAAACCAAAUCAUUGUUUGGCGAUAUCCCACCAUGACAAAGUUGGCAACUCUCACUGGUCAUACUUUUAGAGUACUUUACCUUGCUAUCUCGCCCGAUGGACAGACAAUAGUCACUGGAGCAGGAGAUGAAACACUCAGGUUUUGGAAUGUUUUCCCUUCCCCUAAAUCUCAGAAUACUGACAGAGAAAUUGGGUCGUCGUCUCUAGGAAGAUCAUUAAUAAGAUGAAUAUGAAGACCAAUAGAAAUGAUAUUAAUAAGGAAGAAGGAGAAGGUUGCUUGCAAUUUUUAUCUUUUUUCUGUAAUUAUAUUGUAAGACAGUUUUAUGCCCAUGAAAUUAUUAUGUAAUAUAAUAAUUACAGAAUUCUUCUUUUCUGGAACCUCCUCUCUAUUUUCAGACAAAAACUUCAAAGUGAAAGAAGUCUAUAUGAAUACCAUUUAUUUACA